AGUAAUUCAAAGUUUCGCGGCAUUCUUCUUCCUUCGUAACUAUCCCAAGCUGUGGUCGUUUUAGAUUCUGACUCCUCGGGAAAAGAUGGUUGUUGCUUUUUUUGAUCAGCUGUUUUGUCGUAACCCAUGUUCCCACGGUUGCGCUCGUGGACCACAUGGUUUGGGCGCUGGAUCGCGAACGACUGUCUUCAAGGAAAUACUGCAACCGGGUACCAAGAGUCUCUCCCUACUCGACCCGCAAUGGUUCGAAACUCCCUGGGGGACAGUCGAGAAAGGUACAUGGUCAUUACGAAGUACUGCUUCUCUUUGAAGUUUCACCGACGAGUGGGGGUCGUUCCCUACUGCCAAUGAGAAUGGUAACUGCUGCUAUAAUCUUAAUGAGCACCUUGCGAAUAUUUUUCGCGGGACAACAUGAUGGUGUUCUCUUCUUUAGCUAGUAGUACUAGAAAUUUUAUAUCCAACCCAGAUGCGUUGCGGCAGUUUGUAGGAACAGAGCGGCCGUUGAAAAUCCACAUAGGGAAAUGGGCCACGGAGUCUCAUUUGCUAGCUCUCGCCUCAAGUUUGCGCGCCGCAGAUUUCUCUCCACGUGAACUCGUGCUAACUACCGCUGCACUCAGUGAUCAAACUGCUGGCGCACUUUUGAACAGUCUGAAAUUUUCGACGAAAUCCACCACAAUUCUUCGAGUACUCGUAGUAGCACAUCCCCGGCGAAACGGAGUUUCAGUUAUGAACUUUACUUCCGUUUAGAUUUAGAAGAGGAUUUAUUUCCAGAUUAAUUCUUCAAUCGAAAGUAACUAAGUAGGUUUUUUUCUUCGUUGAAAAAGACUCGAUAAUAUCCCUGGAAGCACAAUCGGCUCUAAAACUGACGAAUUUAUGCGCAGCGUUGCACGCGUUUUUCCGGGACUAGAAACAUUAGCGCUAUUUGGUACUUUGAUUGGAGAUGCAAGCUGCGACGCACUGGCUCGAAUGUACAUUGCAAGGAGAGAAAAAGAGGAGACAAGGAGUGGUUCGGCACUAGAUAAACAAGAGCACCGCGGCCAGAAAAGUGACCAUAGUACUAUCCGGGAUGAUGAAAACAAUGAAGAUCAUCAUGGCCGUGUUAGUUUUGAGGUUGACGGACGUGAAAAUAUCGCCUCGUCUUGUGGAUUGGAUAUGCCUGAAGACACGGCAAAGACAAUACGAGAGUUCGUGCGGUGCCGGACUACAUUUGAGGAUGACGGAACGGAGUCCGAAGCUGCUUGCUCCUCUCGCGCUAGCAGCUACGUUAUCGAAGCUCAUAAGACUCCAGUACCCCCAAGUAGACCUCGUCGGAGUUCAGUGGACCAAUCGCGGCAACUGAUACCACAACUUCGCAGGCUAGUGUUAGUGGGUAAGGAAAUAUCUGCCUGUGGCCUCGAUGCACUGGUCUCUGGAAUUCUUGAGGGCUACGACAGUCCUCUCGGGACUUCUAGAUCUAGAGGUUGCACCAGAAGUUCUCUGGAGACUCUGAUAGUCGGUGGGAAUCAGUUCGGAGAUGGACCAGCGGUUGAGAGAUUUCUUGCUGCGUGUCUGUCUUUGCCAAGACUAAAGACUUUGGGUUUGCUCAACUACGCCAUUGGAGAUCCAACCCUGUGCUGGCUUGGAAAGCAUCUGACUUCCCUGAAAGACGGACCUGCAGCUAGUACCGUUGAAGAAUUAGUUCUCCUCUGCGGACGAGCGGGUAGAGCAGGAUUCGAGGCUCUAGCCACAUCUAUGGGUGAUAUUGACAUGAAUUCAAGUAAAUAUGGGCGCCGCAGGCACAUUAUGCUCGAUGCAAGCAAAUAUAAUGAUCUUGUAAAUAGUACAACAGCCUCUGAAGUUGAGGGUGUAAAUCAAGGGGACUCCAGUAGUGGGAGCAAGACAACUUGCAACAAAUAUAGAGACGUCGCCGGAAAAAGGUUUCUUGAUCAGGGUGGAAUACACACAGAUCUAGCGAGAAGCGUAGCUGCGUCUACGCCACUUUCUCGAUUAAUUCUAGUUAGUGGGGAAGCCGCAGAUGAAGUUUUGCCGUCGGCUGUGCAUCUUGCCCAGACAGUACAGCAUUGUGAGAUAGUUUGCGCGAAAGCAACGAACUUAGGGAUGGAUGCUGCAAACCUGCAUGACUGGAGGAAUUCAUUUGGUUCACCUAAGAUUCGGAAUGAUAUGCGGCAUUACUUGGAAACUAACUUUUUUGAACAUGUCUUCUGCGCAUCGAAGAAUGCAUUUCCUUUGCCUUCCGGGGAUGGGGAACCGCCCAGGCUGCUUAGCGGCAGUCGCGCAACCAUGACACCGACCCGUCGCGCCUGUCGCGGUCACGGAC